AUGGGUGCGCUGUGUUGCAAGCCAGAGGAAGUUGACUUCGACGGUCCCGUCGACCUCUGGCACUUCUACCUCUUGCGAUCCGUGGGCAAGGGUGCUUUCGGCAAGGUACGAGUCGUGCAGCAUAAGAAGACCAAGGCGCUGUACGCCCUCAAGUACAUCAACAAGGCGCGGAUAUCGAAGCAGCGGGCGGUUAACAACAUCAUCCAAGAACGACGACUGCUCGAAGAGAUCGACUCGCCCUUUGUCUGCAACCUCCGCUUCGCUUUCCAAGAUGACGAGAACCUCUUCAUGGUCCUCGACCUCAUGCUCGGCGGCGACUUGCGGUUCCACCUCGACCGGCUAGGAUCGAUGAAGGAGGAUUGGGUCAAGUUCUAUGUUGCGGAGAUGGCGCUUGCAUUGGGCGACCUGCACAAGCGGGGAAUCGUCCACCGCGACAUCAAGCCGGACAACAUCCUCCUCGACGAGAAGGGGCACGUGCACUUGACCGAUUUCAACAUUGCCGUCCAUUUCACCGAGCGACGAGCGCUCACGUCUGUUGCAGGCUCAAUGGCGUACAUGGCUCCCGAAGUCCUCGCCAAACGCGGCUACUUCGCCACAGUCGACUGGUGGUCCCUCGGCGUCGUCGCGUACGAGCUACUGUUCGGCAAGCGGCCGUACCGGGGGAAGACGAACUCGACCCUCACCCAGGCGAUCUUGAAGGAGCAGGUCAGGUUUCCGGAGAAUGUCGAGGAGAUUGUGUCUCCUGAGGGAUUGGAAUGCAUCAAGGGGCUUCUGCAGCGAGAUCCGAAGAAGCGGCUGGGUUGUCCCGGCACAGGCGGGCUCGAGGCGUUCAAGCGACACCCGUGGUUCCGAGACUACGACUGGGACGUCCUCGAGCGGAAAGAGGCGAUACCUCCUUUCGAGCCCGACUCUAAGAAGGCGAAUUUUGACGCGACGCACGAGCUGGAAGAGCUCUUGUUGGAGGACAACCCGCUCAAGGCGCGGAAACGGAAUCCCAACAUCGACUUGUCCGAAUUGUCGGCAGACUACCGGUUGAUGGAACAGCACUUCCUCCCCUACGACUACCUCCGACAACCCCGCAAGUCCUGGUUCGUCCUCGACGAGUCCGGCACCGCAGCUUCCGCCGGCGUGUCCUCCUUAACAACAGGCAUUGCGGCAGAACCCUCUGGAGCGCCUCGCAGUCCUGCGAUGGGAUCGGACGCAGGCGUUCACCCUCAGGCGGUCCGGAUCGACGAGCAGCCGCUGGCGGACUUGACGGCGACUACGACGAGUGUGAGUGUGGGGCCAGUGACGCCGGGUCUGCACGAGGGAAACGCGGGGUACCUCUCGUCGUCGCCCGUCCGACCAAGGGAGCUGGCAGGUCGACCGGAUGAUGCCCAGUCGAACGCGAGCGCGGGUCGGGCGUCGCCGAUGCGACAGGCGUCUCGGACGCCGGUCGAGGGCCAGAGCUUCGAGAUGCGGGAACAGCGGUCGUCGCCGCAGCCGCAGUCGCACCACCCUUACGCAAAUCCUCGACCCGACAACGGCAUUGCGACCGCUCUCUAA